AUGUUUGCGCAGUUUGUUGAGGAGGUUGAGCUAGAACGAAACAUCGUACGCCAGUCUCUUCAUGCGGCUGAGCGGCACACACCAAAGAAAAAUCGUUGCUUAUACCGCUCCACAGAUCACCAUGCUAUUGGCAAUGACCUGGCAACCUCUGAAAGUGAAGCAGAUGAGGAAGAAUCACAGAAGCAAUUUCAUGAGCAUUCCCACAACAUCCACCGAGCGUCAGCUGAAAUUGAGGAGCAGAGGAUUCACAGGAAACAGGCAGAGAAAGAGGCCAGAUUACUUCAAUUCCAGGCAGAAGUGCGCAAGAGAGUCCAAAGGCUUCAGAGGAUUAAGAAACAACAGCAAUUAGAGAAGUCAUACAAAGCUGUUGAGCUAGAACGAAACAUCGUACGCCAGUCUCUUCAUGCGGCUGAGCGGCACACACCAAAGAAAAAUCGUUGCUUAUACCGCUCCACAGAUCACCAUGCUAUUGGCAAUGACCUGGCAACCUCUGAAAGUGAAGCAGAUGAGGAAGAAUCACAGAAGCAAUUUCAUGAGCAUUCCCACAACAUCCACCGAGUGAUUAGCAGAGCCAGGCGUAACCUUGCUGAUAAACAAAUGUUACUAGAGAAACAAACUUUGCCUGGUGGAGCUUGGGGUAUGUCAGCAACAAGAGAUAAGCCUUAUUAUGAUUUAAGAGACAACUUGCAAAGUCUACCAAAAGCUUAUGUGGAAUUGGUGGAACCCACUGAAAAACAUCAGCAACUUGGGGAGGAUUUAUGCUCAGAGCAGAGUUUACAGCAAGUUGAGGGUCCACCUCAGGCGACUGUAAGUGUAACUUACAGCACAAAUCUUGACCGGAAGAAACAUGAAAGUGCACCAGCACGUAAAGUGACAUUUGACACUAAUGAGUAUAUUGAAGCGGGCCAAGGAGACGGACCAUCUGAGACAAGGAGGCAGGGUAAGAUAUUAUCACAAAAGCUACAGGUUCCAAAUGUCAACCCUGGAAGAGGACAGGAAGAAGAUAAGCGAUUAAUGAAGAAUCAGUUUUCAAUGUACAGACGUUUAUUUAUGGAUAUUGAGCGAGAGCAAGUGCGGGAAACAAUACGACGUAAACAACACCGAGAGAAAAUUAAUCGAAUUAAAAAAGAAAAAGAGCUAAAGAGGAAACAGGAGGAAGACAUGGCCAGAGCCGCUGUGGAGUCAAGGAAUCCAAUCACUGGGGAGACUGAGGAAGAGGCUAAGGAAAGACAGAGGGAAGAAGAACUGCAUAUCAAAGAGAUCAUGGAGACACACCGCAAACACAAGCAGAAAAACAAAGAAACAGAAAGGUUUAUAGGAGCCUUAAGAGCCGCCAUGAAAGAGAAGGUGGAGAAGCAAGGCGUCAACCUGCCUCCACUGUGUGCCUGCUCAUCAACCCUGUGGGACUCUAGCCCAGAAACAUGUGCCAACAACUGUAUGUUCUACAAGAAUCCUAAAGCUUAUGCCAAAGCAUUGUCAUCCUUACUUCAAUCCUGUGAAAUUGUUUGAGUUAAGUUCCUGCCAUUUUCAAUGAUACACCUCACGACUGAACUCUCAAUGUUGCCUCAUCCUUCUGAAAGGUCAAAAUCAUUGGCUGAAUCCGGGAAAUCAAAGUAGAGGGAGCCCUGGGAGUGACUUUUACAGAGUAUUGAGAUCAGUAUGCUGCCUGAAGUAAAAUAUUGGAAGAAUGGACAUUUACGCUAAGCACCACCCCUUGGAUAUUGUUGAUAAUGAUAUUGUCGUAAACAUGACAAAUGCAUAUUUCUGGCCCUCUUCUGAUUGGUCUGAUGUUAAAUUAAUUCAGACUUCGGAAAGGUCCAUUAAAUUUUUAAAAAUGUCUCCCUCUAAUUAAAGACCACUUCUGGAACUGGGGGUUUCCCAUAGUAUUUAGCAGCUUUGGUCUCUAUUUACAAGUAGUAUAAUAAAGAUAAAAGAUAGUUGUAAAUUUGGGACCACAGAAAAGUGGUUUUUAAUUAGAGAGAGACCUGUAUACUUAAUUGCCUAUUUAUGAAGAUCAAAUACAUCAACUUUUAAUGAGAAUUUUAAAUGUCUACCAUUACCAUAUUUAGGGUAUGUACAAGAAAGGAUAUUAUUUAUGUGUCUGCUAUUCUAAUUAAAAAGGAAAGUGUUUCCUAUUGAAAUGAAAUAACUUCCUUAAAUAUACAAAGUGCUGGUAAACAAUUCAAAAUUUAUUGUUCAUUUUUUUUUUUUCAGACAAUUUACAGCAGUGGCUCUCAAACUUUGUGAAAAUUUGCAUCAAUAUUGUAGUGUAAAAACUGAAAUCUCUUUCCAUGGACCCCACCAAGACUCUAGGCUGCUCCAAGGGGCGGAUCAAGAUAACACUAGCCUAGUGUGUCAGGGGGCAUGCGCCCACAAAAUUUUUAUUUUCUAGACAACUGAACUUACCUCAGAGGGCGAUCAAUUAUUUCUUUUUCUUUCUAAAAGGCUCCUUAGUUUGAGCCCAUGUUGGCAAUUUUCUGGAGUCACCACUGCUCUAAAAUAUUGAGCAUGUGCAAUAGUUUUGCAGAAAUAUAGCAGUCAACAUACUGUAGUUAUCUUUUCUAUUAUUGAACAGCAUAUAUAUGAUUCUGUACCUACUCUCUAAACACCAACAAUUAUAAUGUGUGUACGCUCAAUGUUCAUUCAAAAUUUGUAACAAUUUUAGUGUUAACAUUUAGACAUUUUUUAUUACACAUGUUCAUUCAGCAUACUUUUAAAAUAAAUAAAAUCCAAUUUUGUAUAAAAAAAAAA